GACAACAAGCAACAACGACAACAAUGGCCGAACAAGUCCGCGCGUCUCACCUGCUGAUCAAGCACAUCGGCUCGCGUCGCCCCGCCUCGCGUCUGUCGAACAACAUCACGCGCUCCAAGGAGGAGGCCAUCGCCCAGCUGCUCCAGCUUCGCGCGCAGAUCGUGUCGGGCCAGGCCAAGUUCGACGAGCUGGCGGUGCAGUACAGCGACUGCAACAGCGGUACUCGCGGCGGAGACCUGGGACCGUUCGGCCGCGGCAUGAUGCAGAAGCCCUUCGAGGAUGCCACGUUUGCGCUGAAGGUGGGCGAGCUGAGCGACGUCGUUGACACGGACAGCGGCGUGCACAUCAUCCUGCGCACAGCGUAAAUGGAGUUAGUGGCGCAACUUCAUCGGCAAGUCUGAUGACGUCUUCGAGUGUGCUAGCAAUGCAUGUUUACAACAGGAUUUGAUUCAUGGAAUGAAACUACUGUGCUGAUGAUC